AGAUUACUUCCAAGCAAGAAAGCAAGUUUUAUCUUCAUUUGGAAAUUGCACAAUACUGGGAUGAGAAAUAUAUAUUUAGUUUUUAUUUGUUCUAUCUAAGCAAUAAGGAUUUUAUAGCUGAAUGAGGGUUUGUGGUAAUGCUACAGACUAUGUUGCUCGUCAGCCAUCGAACGUCAAGUGGUCUUCACAUGUGCAAGGAAAAAAACAAUACGAACAUGAUUUUUAUAUCCUUAGAGCUAAUGCUCACUUGUACGCUCGAGUUGGUAAAUUGACAGGUACACUUAGUUAAUAGGCCUACUUAUUUUUACAAAAUACCGAAUAAUGGAUACACACCUUCAUUUUGUACCUAGAGACCUAAGCCGCAAAAAUUAGCGGCAGUAAAAAAAUGAGAAUUGCAGUAAAAAACUGCCUCACGGUUUUGACAUUUUUGAAGAGAAAACACCUAUUAUCAUCAAAAUUCGAUGACAGUUUGAAAGGUUAGGACCUGCCUUGUUGGUCGCUUGUCUUAGUAUUAAUCUUAAGGCCUUUAAUUUACACUACCAGGAGAAAAUUAUUGCAACUCCCUAGUCAUAAUGGCGUCCAUUGCGACUGCAGUUGUAACAGAAGUGUAUCCAGAUCGAAUCCAGAUAUCGAAAUUAUAUAAUAGUAUAUACAUACAUAGUCGUGAAGAUAAAGUUAUUGAUUAACUGGCGAAUUUGCUGUUAGAGGCCUAAAACAAAUAAUAGAGAUUUGUAAUAAAUUACAGUCGCUGCAGAAAGGCGAGGGGGGUUGUCUCCGACAAAGCACAUUUCUCCAUCACUGACCUGGGAAAAAUCAGUGAUUAGUGAUCUCCAUCCAGUGACAUCCUCCAUUGACAUCCACUGCAGAAAAUCAUUUCGAGGCUAUUUUUGCCUCGCUUAAACAUUGAUUCCUUGUUGCUUAGGGACAGCGAAUCGAUGAUUGUAGAGUUCAGAUUAGAGGGCAACAGAAACGUUGAGCCUGUUUUCUUGGAGAUCCGUUGCCUACAUGCACAGUAUUUACGUCAAUCAAGUCCGACCUUAAUAAAGUGGUCCUUAUUACGAAAGAUUUUAUUUGCUUUCUCUGCCAGUUUGCUAGAACAAUAAUGUCGCGACCUUCAACAAUUUCCAAGGUGCAGUCAGUUGCAACAAAAUCGCUUUCACCAAUUGGAACUUCAGUUUCACGUCAGUCUGGACAAGUGACAUUUCCAAGAUCUGAGAAGUCUCUGAGUAAGCACUCAGCUUUAUCUUUGCUAAAUGGAGACAGCGAACCAUUUGUUAAGAAGGAUGUCAAUCCCUUCAAGAUGCCUGCAGACCAUGAUAUAUUGAUGCUGAGAGACAAAGAAAAGCAGAAAAAGAAAAAGGAAAGAGAAACACAGCGUGAACUGAAGGUUCACCAGAAAACAACGUACACAUCACGUGUCAAUGCCCGGACAAAAUCUAUGAUUAAACCGGCUGCAGAUAUAGAGGAUGACGUAUCUAUUGAUGAGGAGAAGGAGAAAGACGGAGUUUGGACCGUCAAAGAGGAUCCGCAAUUUGUGUUAACGACUACAAGAGACAGGAAUAUCGAGAAGGAGAAUUUGGCAGAAUUUAUUUCAAAGAAACGGGAGAUGUUUCUUGUACAGUACUCAUUGGGCGUGAAAAGAGACGAAAUGAGAAAACUAGAAGAGAUCGCGCAAGCAGAAGAAAAGAAGUUAGAAAUGGCCGAGCAAUACUUAGAGGAGGACGCUGCCAUGUUUGAUGAGUUUUUGAAAGAAAAUGAUAAGCUGGCUGUAGAUGCUAUUAAAAAUGCAGAAGUGGAAACAAAAGCGAAACUGGAGAAGGUUGCUGAGAUUAAAAGAAUAAACGCGCAGAUGAUGUCGAUCAAAAGCGAGAUAUCCAAAAAUGAAGACACUUUAAAAGAAUACAUGCUUUAUAAGAAGUUCCUGGAUGCACUGGCACCACAAGAAUGGAAAGAAGAGAGAAAAAGGCAAAAAACAGCCAAAAUGAAAGAAAGAGAUAGAAUCUCCAAGGAACGAGAAAAAAGCCAAUCCAGUAUUGGCAGAGGUAGGCGCACUUCAGUAGGGAGUUCUUCUCUACACGAGAAGCCUAGCAGAGGGACUGCAAGAAGGAAAGAGAGCAGAUCAAAGGCAUCGAUGUCAUCAGGCCGUAGGAAGAGCUCGCAUCAUGACAGUGAAGAUAGCCGCUCUGUCAUUUCAGUAGAUAUGGUAUCAGAUGAUGAAGACAGCGAUGACGAUGUUGAACUAUUUUUCAGAGAUCCACUGCAGCUUCUUGAUAUUUUCACGGAAUUGGAAGAGCAGAAUUUAUCCUUGAUUCAGAACAGUCAGGAAACGGAAGAGGCGCUAGAGGACAUGAGAAAAACAAUCCAGCAGACUCAGGAUAAGAUGAAUAAAGAGACCGACGCUUUGAAGCAGCAAAUCCGUCAGCUCAAGCAAGCUACCAAAGAUGAGCAAGAAAAAGCUGCAGAGUUGAAGAUGAAGUCAAAGAUGUUUUCUUAUGGAGAAUUCAAAGCGGAGGACCAGGAAAAGAUGCUGGCUGAACUUGACAGGAAAGUUGGAGACGUCUACCGAAAUUGCAUUGGUGACAACGAAGCAAAUAUAAGCACCCUUCAAAUGCUUACAAAUAUUGAAAACCGUUUAGAGGAACUGUUUGAGAUUAUUGAAAUGCUUCCUCAAGACAAGGUUGAACUCGCUGAGAAAGCUAAAGAAAAGGAACGACGCUUAAGAUUAAGAGAGGAAAAACUUGAAGCGCAAAAGAGACACCAGGAGGAAAGACUCCGCAGGGCAUUGGAGAGAGCGCAAGCUGAACCAAAGAAAAAGCAAGGAAGGAAACUGAACUUUAGGUCAGCACCUCCGCAAGCUAAAAAGAGAGAAGACACCACAAAUGAAAAACAGGAUAAGGAAGAAGAAGAAAUGAAGUACUUUUUUACAUAGAUUAAAUCGCGAUAACGAAUCAUCUCCUUAGAAACUCAGUUCAGACCUCAGUAUGCAAGAUAUUAUGUUGUAUUUUAAUUAACAAUCGUAAAAGGAAAUAAUGACUCAGGUCCUCGUA